UCAUGAUGUACGCUAAGUUUUUGGUUGUGUUGGUGGUAGCUGCUCUAGCUAGCAGUGAAAUUAUCAGAAUUCCUUUGAAAAAAGUACCUGAUAAUGGACAAAGAAGGUUGCGUAAUGUAGCCAGAAGCGGACUACGCAGUAAAUUUGGAGGACAAGGAGCAGUACCUUUAGUCAACGAAUAUGACCUUGAUUAUUAUGGAGAAAUCGGUGUAGGAACACCCGCACAAAAAUUCAACGUCAUUUUUGAUACUGGAUCUACUGAUCUUUGGGUACCUUCAAGCAAAUGCCAAGCGACAUCCGCACAAAACGGUUGCAAAAACCAUAAACAAUACGAUGCUAGCAAAUCUUCAACAUACCAAAAAGAUGGCAGAUCCUUCCACAUUGAAUACGGAUCCGGUGCUUUGAGUGGUUUCUUAUCCAAAGACAGCGUAGAGGUUGCCGGUCUUGCUAUAACCGACCAAACUUUUGCUGAAGCCACUGUCGAAACUGCUCCAGCUUUCGUAAGCAGCACAUUUGACGGUAUCUUAGGAUUGGCUUAUCCAGAUCUGUCAGCACAAAACAUUCCUCCAGUUUUCCAAAACAUGAUCAAACAAGGAGUUCUUGAUGCACCAGUAUUUUCCUUUUAUCUGAGCCAAACUGCCAAUGGUGACAAAGGAGAGCUGUUGCUCGGUGGAUCAGAUUCAAAAUACUACAAAGGAGAUUUCACCUACACAAAAGUAUCAACAAAACUUUACUGGCAAACUAAUUUACAAGGUGUUUCUGUAGGCAGUCGUAGUGUAUGCCAAUCUGGAUGUGAAGCUGUCAUAGAUACUGGUACCUCUCUCAUCUACGGACCAACCGAUGACGUUGACGUUGUUAACUCGGCAAUUGGAGCCAAAUAUGACUACUCUGUUGGUCUUUACACCGUUAACUGCAACACCGAUUUGAACAAGCUUCCUAAUGUAUCAUUUGCUUUCGGAGGCAAGAAAUUUGACGUUCCUGCUUCAGCGUACAUCAUCAAAGACUCUGGUUAUUGCAUCUCUAGUUUCGUCGCACAAGAGUUCUUCCUCAGUGGAUUUGAAUGGUUGGUUGGAGAUUCAUUCCUGAAAACCGUUUACAGCGAAUUCGAUUUUGGCAACAACCGUAUUGGAUUUGCUGAACUUGCUUAAAUACUUGUAACUUUAUCAAUAUUUUAUUAUUAAAUAUUGCUUUAUAAAAUUUA